AUGGAUGAUUGGAUGACUGCGGACUAUGUUGUGGGGGAGCAGCGACUCUGCCUACCCUCACAGCGUGCACCAAGCUUUGUGGCGAUUGGUUUUCUAAGAGAGCUCUCCUUCGAUAUAUUCAUUGCAAUAGUACCGACGUUUAUUUUCUUACUCUGUGCACCAUUCAACUUCCUUCGCCUCCGAAAGCAACCAAUCAAAGUGGUCCCGAACUAUCGAGGCAUUUGCAAACUGUUAAUAGCAGUUGUAUUGGCCCUUCUCGAUCUAGCGAGCUUGGUUUUUGAAAUCAAAACCGGAUCCCAUCCACCUUACCUCUACUCAGCUGCUGGUUCUUUUGCAGCCGGGUUGAUCAUCCCAUAUCUAUCGUUCUCCAACCACAGUCGCUCUCAGCGCCCAUUUAACUUGCUAAAUGGCGUUCUGAUACUCUCUAUAAGUCGUGAUCUGCUGCAGGUAUUCUUGCUGCGCUAUAUAGGUCAAUGUCGAAUUUCAGUACUCAGCGAGGCCACCAUCAUAGCAAAGACAGUGCUUUUGAUUCUAGAAUUGCAGAGCAAACGCUCAAUUCUCCGCGAGCCAUGGCAAGGCCUGUCAUUCGAAGAAACCGAGAGCUCUUUCAGCCAGUCGUUUUUCUGGUGGGUGAAUUCCUUAUUGCGGAGAGGACGAUAUGAGCUAUUCGAAAUUGAAGAUCUUCCUCAACUCCCAAGAGAUCUGUCCUCUCAGCUCUUACGAGAGAAGAUGAAGCAUUACUGGGAAAUCAGACCAAAGCCAGAGAGAAGAUACGAGCUUGCAUUCGCGUUGGUGAAGUGCACUUUCUGGGAAAAUAUCAGAGUCGUUCCUUUCAUGCUAGCCGCGAUGGGUCUUCAAUAUAUGCAGCCAGUCCUCAUCUCCCUGUUGAUACGCUUCGUUAACACCCCAGACCCUGACGGUCAGCGAGAGCUGAGAGGGUUCGGACUAAUCCUUUUAACUUUAAAAAUCUACCUCGGAUUAGCUGUUCUUAAAGGUAGACGAGAUACUGCUCAGAGGAGAGUGACCAUUGUGUCUAAAGGAUCAUUGAUGAGCCUUAUUCAUCAUAAGUCUCUCAUCUCCAGCAACGACAGUAACCACUCUGCUAUUACACUCAUAGGGAAUGAUGUUGAGGACGUGCAGAGGGCCAUGCAAUGGUUUCAUGUCAUUUGGUCUUCCAUUAUUUCAUUUGGUGUAGGACUCUAUCUGCUCAGUUUGCAACUUGGGUGGGCAAGUAUAGUUCCAGUUAUACUAGUUGUGAGUGAGUAG